AAUGCGCAGCGUCAUUCGUGAAAGGCAGAACCGACGCAUUCCCUUCCGUUUCCAUUUCAUUUCUACGGACCUUCUCUCUGUCGGUAUGGCCGAAGACGAGCGACUGGCGGCCACCAAGCGGUAUGAAGUCGCUGCGGUCCAGCAGGAGUACGCCGGCUGCUCCCCACUGGACGCCUACGUGCGCAUAUGUAAACAGCUGCACUGCACCCCGGUAGCCUCGGUGAAGGGCAUGCUGCCGUGCGAGGUCGGUGCGUGGGGUGACGUGGAGUCGCUGGACUUCGCCAACACCUACGUUGGCCCCCACGGAGCCGUGGCGGUGGUGGAGCUGUGCCGCUGCCUGCCCCGACUGCGAUCGCUAAACCUCGCCGACAACUACCUUAGCAACAACACCGUCUGGCACCUGGCUCAGAUGGCCGUGUACCACCCCCAGCUCGAGUGGAUUGAUCUCUCCAAGAACGAGUUUAUCUCCUGGACGGGGGCGAUGUGUCUGGCCGAGUUGGCGCUGCGCAAUGCGAACAUCACCCACAUCGACGUGCACGGCGCAGCAAUCGAGCCGGACAUCGCAGAGGCCAUCAGCGCGCAGACGCGGCAAAACACCGUCGCAAAGUUCCGCGCCGGCAGCGGGCGGCCCUGCCCACCCGUGCACCCCGCCGCCGUGUACAUCCGAGCGUUGAAGCUGCUCUUCCUGAAGCAUCAGGAGCAGGGAAAGGUGGACGCCGCCCUGCUCGAGACAGGCUUCACGGAGCUGCUGCGCGUGUCGGGCCGUGCGAGCGAGUCGUCGAAGUACUCCGAGAAGGUUUUCGCAACGCUGCGGGCGCGCGCUCCGGCAGGGGUGUUGACGGCCGAGGCGGUACUCAUUCUGCUGCUUAUCGAUGGCAGCACCUACGACGUGGAGACGGUGACGAAUCUGCGACGUGUUUUUGUGAUGUUCAACAUCGACGUCUCCCCCGCGGACCCGCUCGUGAGCGGCUUUGUGCUCGCACGGGACUUGGCAGACAUGAUGGAGUACAUCUACGGUGCACGACCUUCAGCGGCGGAUGUCGCAGCGGUGCAGCGGCGUCUGGCGCUCGCGGAGGAGACAACGCUGAAGUGGGAAGAGUUCUUGUACCUCACCUACCCGCGCGGUCCGCAGGUGGGGGAUCGGCUUUGUGGUGUGACGUCCACGCCGCUGGCCCACCCGAUAGAGGUGAUGCACUACUGA